ACAUUUCAACCACUAAUCACACUCUGUUACAACACUAUCACAACUAUUCUCUCCGCAACUAAACUACAUCAUAUUCAUCUCCGAAACCGACUACCAUGGGGAAGAUUAAGAUCGGAAUUAACGGAUUCGGAAGAAUUGGAAGGUUGGUUGCUAGAGUUGCUCUGCAGAGGGAGGAUGUUGAACUUGUUGCUGUUAAUGAUCCAUUUAUUUCCGUCGAAUACAUGACAUAUAUGUUCAAGUAUGAUACAGUUCAUGGUCAAUGGAAGCAUCAUGAGUUGAAGAUUAAGGAUGAGAAGACUCUUCUCUUCGGAGAGAAGCCUGUCACUGUCUUUGGUGUAAGGAACCCAGAAGAAAUCCCAUGGGCUGAAUCUGGAGCUGACUACAUUAUUGAGUCAACUGGUGUGUUCACUGACAAGGAUAAAGCUGCUGCUCACAUGAAGGGUGGUGCUAAGAAAGUCAUCAUCUCAGCUCCAAGCAAGGAUGCCCCAAUGUUCGUUGUUGGUGUUAACGAGAAGGAAUACACAUCAGAUAUUCACAUUGUAUCAAAUGCUAGUUGCACAACAAACUGCCUCGCUCCCCUUGCCAAGGUCAUUAAUGAUCGAUUUGGCAUUGUUGAGGGUCUUAUGACAACUGUUCACUCCAUUACCGCUACCCAGAAGACUGUUGAUGGUCCAUCAAUGAAGGACUGGAGAGGUGGAAGAGCUGCUUCAUUCAACAUCAUUCCUAGCAGCACUGGAGCUGCAAAGGCUGUCGGGAAGGUGCUGCCUGCUUUGAAUGGGAAACUUACCGGAAUGGCUUUCCGUGUUCCCACAGUUGAUGUCUCUGUGGUGGACCUCACAGUUAGAAUCGAGAAGAAAGCAACAUAUGAGCAAAUUAAAGCUGCCAUCAAGGAGGAGUCCGAGGGAAGCAUGAAGGGAAUAUUGGGAUACAUUGAUGAGGAUUUGGUUUCUUCUGACUUUAUUGGUGAUAACAGGUCAAGUAUUUUCGACGCCAAGGCUGGAAUUGCAUUGAAUGACAAUUUUGUCAAGCUUGUCUCUUGGUAUGACAACGAAGUUGGCUACAGCACACGGGUGAUUGAUCUCAUCUGCCAUAUGGCAUCUGUCCAGUAAGGCAGGAGCAGCUAAGCCGUUGUUAUAGGCUCCUUCAGAUGUAUUUGAGUUGUGGACGCCGUGUAUUUUGUUAGAAUGAGGCGAAAAUCAAAAUAAAAAUUUGUUUAAAGACCGGAAGCUGGAUUCCAGCAUGCUUGUCCUUAGGCUCUUAAAUCAUAAUGUUGGUGCUGAGGAUGUUUGAAUUCCUCUUUUCAUGGAUUUUGUAUUUUGUUUUUAGUAUUUAUGUGGUGUUUUAAACAAAUUAGUUAAAUUCCUCUUCUGUGGCA